AUGCAAACAAAUAGCUGUGGGAGUUCCAACAAUAAGGCACCCAUGCCUUGUGCUUUCCAAGAACCAAUGGCAGCACCCAGACACAUGCAAGAUGGAUCGGCAGCAGUAGCUGAGCAGCUGGAAACAAUUGAUUUGAGUGAAGAUCCCUCUACCCCGAGGCCCAUUUCCAUAAGUGUUCAUUUAACAAGUGAGGAGAGGGCGGCCUUGGUAUCUUUGCUACAAGAAUUCCGAGAUGUGUUUGCUUGGAGCUAUGAGGAAAUGCCUGGCUUAAACCCAAGCUUAUUGUUAGCUGCCGGAUUCAUUAAGCCAAUCAAGCAUCCAACAUGGUUAGCAAAUAUUGUGCCUGUAAAGAAAAAGACCGGAGUAAUUAGAGUAUGCACGGACUAUCGAGAUCUCAACCGAGCCUGCCCAAAGGAUGAAUUCCCGCUGCCUAACAUGGACAUCUUGAUUGAUUCAACCUCGGGUCAAGGAUUGUUGUCAUUCAUGGAUGGGUUUAGUGGCUACAAUCAGAUCAAGAUGUCACCCAAAGAUGCUGAGAAGACAGCCUUUCGAACACCAUAUGGGAAUUUUUAUUAUACAGUCAUGCCAUUCGGCCUUAAAAAUGCUGGCGCCACUUACCAAAGAGCCAUGACAGCAGUGUUUCACGACAUGAUGGGAAAAGAAGUCAAAGAUUAUGUGGACGACCUUGUGGUGAAGUCCAAAACCAGAGAAGGCCAUCAAGAAGUUUUGAGGAGAGUGCUGGAAAGGUGUCGACUGUACGGUUUAAAGAUGAAUCCAAAGAAGUGUGCGUUCGGGGUUUCAUCCGGUAAAUUCUUGGGGUUUCAAGUACACUAG